AUGGAGCGUGGAAACACCAACUCCCUGCUUCUCGAGGGGCUUCAAGAGGAUGAGGAAAAGUUGAAUGGUGUGAAGGCACAGAUGGCCUUGCCGCUUGGAGAGGGAAGAAGUGAGGGAGAGAGUGGACAGGGCCAGCCUGGGUCCGGAGCCACAGCCGCUGAAGGGGAAGAGAUAGAAUUGAAUGGAGACCGUCCCUCUACUGCUGCCGCUGCUGCAGACCAAGCAGAUAAUUGUAACCAAGAGGACCAGGGCGCCAGAGGCCCUGGCCAGGAGAGUGACAAGCAGCCAAAGGAGCCAGCCCCCAUGGGCAUGGACGGCCCCGAAAAUGUGAUGCACGUGCCAGUGCUGAUAUCCAGAGUGCAACCUGUCUCAGUGUUGGUACGCAGACGAUGCUUCCAGAACAAGUUCGCUCCGUGGCAGUUGCGAGAGCUGGAGCGUAUUUUCAAGCAGAAUCAUUUCAUCAAUGCAUUAGAAAGAAAACAACUGGCAAGAUGGAUGGGUGUGAGUGAAGCUAGGGUUCAGAAUUGGUUUAAGGGGAGACGAGAACAAUACAGGAGACAUCAGAAGCUAUUAAUGCUCAGAGGUGCUUCUUUCCCGGAUGCCUGUGCAGGAGACCUGGAGAACCAGCCUUCCCCAGCAGCCAGGCACGCAUAA